AUGAAUACUCAACAAUUAACAAACCAACAAACCAAAGGUGAAUCAACAGACCCAACAAAAGAGCAAUCACUGGCCCAGCAAACAUCAAAUCAACCCCCAUCAGAAGCAAAUAACAUUCACUCAACACUGUCUUUAACUCCAAUGCAAGUGCUCUAUGAUAAUACCAAAACUACUCCAAAAACAAUAGACAAUUAUGUUAUGCAAACAAUGGACAUCACAACAGAUCAGCAAGUACAAGUCACACAAUCGAGUAUCUACAGUAAUGAAGAUCAAUCAAUAGAUACAACAGAAAGCUUUAUUGAGUUGCAGUUACCAUCACUACCAGCAGGCAAAUCAAAUAACCCACCAAAAAUUCACUGA